UUAACAGAACACAUGAGGGGCAUCAGGCAGGAUCCGAGCGCAAUUACCAGAUGAAAACUUUUACGGAAUCGCAAUGAAUUUGAACUACAUAUUCCAACCCACCCAGGGACUUACUGGUUGUUGUAUUUCAUUAUUAUUUUUUAAACAAUCACGCCUUUUUACGCGCGAGUGUGCGCCCAGAUGUCGCCGGUUAUACUUGAACUAGUUUAAUAUGCGGUCAAAAGCGAAUUAAGGAAUUUAGAAGAUGAUCGUAAGGAGGCUGUUUCAUGUACUGCCUGUCUUCGCUCUGACACUUUUCAUCCUGGUUUUGCUGGAUUUGCAACUGCGCACCCGGAGUGACCAGAAACCCACCGCGCUUUUUGCGCACGAAAAGACUCCAUCUAUAUUAAGAACUACGGCUGUGAACCAACACAGAGAUGUUGUCAAUGACAAACAAAGGCCAAAACGUCAGAAAUGGAGGGAGAUGAAGCCACAACCACCUUUAGGACUCACUGACAUCUUCAUUGCAGUGAAAACCACUGGCCGGUUCCACAAGACCCGCCUUGCUCUUCUUCUGGAGACCUGGAUCUCCACGACUAAACACCACACGUACAUCUUUACAGACAGUCCAGAUAAAGACAUCUCCUCUGAAGGAUUUAACAUUAUCGUCACCGACUGCCCGCCGGAGCACAGUCAUCAAGCUUUAUCCUGCAAGAUGGCUGCCGAGUAUGACCACUUCAUGAUUUCUGAAAAAAAGUGGUUGUGUCAUGUUGAUGAUGAUAACUACCUGAACCCUGGAGCCCUUCUGUCUCUCUUGACGGCCUUCCCAGCGGACAGUGAUAUCUAUGUGGGAAAACCAAGCCUGGAUCGCCCAAUGAGAGCCCAGGAGCUGCUGGAAGGAAAUAAGACGAGGGACGUCCAUUUCUGGUUCGCUACAGGAGGGGCUGGUUUCUGUCUGAGCAGGAAGCUGGCAGAGAAGAUGGCACCCUGGGCAAGUGGUCCCAGGUUCGAGAAGACCUCCGCUGUGAUCAUGUUACCUGAUGACUGUACGGUGGGCUUUAUAGUUGAGAAGCGUCUGGGAAUCUCAAUGGUCCACAGCAACAUGUUCCACUCUCAUCUGGAAAACCUACUUCUUCUCGCCCCUAGCGAUAUCCCAAAACAAGUGACUCUCAGCUAUGGAUGGUUAGAGAAUAAAAUGAACAGUGUUGAGCUAAAAGGAGUUUUUACCAGAGAUGAAGAUCCGUCCAGGUUCAGGACAGUCCAUUGUCUUCUGCACCCUACAACAAGUUGGUGCCCUGUAGCCCUCAAAAGCGCCUUGUCAUGGAAUCAACAUAUGCAAUAGGCUAAAUGGACAAUAAUCAUGUAUAAUGUGAGAAUUUCAGUGUAUAGUGUCCUUACAAAACAUUUGUGUUUUGUAAAGUCCAAGGAGCCAACAAAACCCGAAAGCACUGCAUGUUGGUCAAACGAGGAAACUGAGAAACCUCAGCCUUUAACUGAGCCAUCAUUGUUAUUGAAGUGUAACUUCUGUCUACACGCUGCACAUUUUAGUUAUUAUAUGAUCAUCUGAUUCCUUGAAUACUUAAUAUAUUUGUGAUUAUUAAAUAAUACAUCUCUGUCAAUGCACUGUAUAUUUGUUUGUAAGUGUAAAAAUGCUUUAAAAUGAGUUAACUUGAUGAAUUUGUUUUGAAAAAUUUCAAAUCAAAAGAUUUCGAAACAGGGUAAUCAAAUUUGUUUCUUUCUGUUAUCACUCAUAUUCUUGUAUUUGCACUGUACGCAUUUGGAUUACUGUAAUAUAUUUGUACUCUAUGAUUUAUAUGAAGCGCUUAAGUGGAUAUCCACUAAAAUAUGUUUCGAAAUACAUUUUAAUUCAGUUUUAGAUAAAUGAAGAUUAUUUUCCUGUAUAAAGAAUCUGAAUUAUUUCCUAACUCAAAUAUAUGUAUUGUGAUGUAUUUGUGUGUGUGUUUCUACAUUAGACAGAUAGACUUAUGGGGCUGAAAGAAAUAAUCAUGCACUGCCCCUUCAAGACAGGGUCUUGACAGACUGUGGUACUAGCCCUUUAAGACCAUCUGCCAAUCAAAUGAAUCAAGCAAUCAAGUGGGAGGUGGUCAUUGUGAACAAACUGCAAAUUUGGUACACCAAACAAACUAGCAUAAUUCCAGUGUGGAUUAUACAAUGUAAAGCCAAACCGAUCACAACAUUUUCCCCUGAGUGAGUUUGAUUCUUUGUGUUAUGUCUGCUGGUGGCUGAUUACCCUUUGAAGUGCUUAUGUUUGGGCUGGAUGAGCUGAAACCUUUGAAAUAUUGGCCUGUAUUUGUUUAUAUUUUGGAUUAGUUGAGUAUUUACUUGGCUCAACUUGUUUAGUGUUGAAAAGCCUUUGAUGAACUUUUGAGUGCACUUUGAUCAUGUGGAUGGACCUUUGGAAAACUGA